AUGGCGCGCUGCUCCCCGGCGAAGCCGCUUUGCACCACCGCCGCGGCCCCGCGCCCCUCUCGCCGCCGCGGUCUGCUCAUCAGCGCCUCUGCUUCCCCGGCCACGACAUCAACAAGAACGCACCGGCUGUUGGCCCUACCGAAGCCGCCUAAACCACCGCCGCCGCCGCCUCUCCUCCCGCGCCCAAGGCUCCCCAUCUCCAACGACGCCCCCACCAACGGCAAGCCAGACGACCGCCGUGAACCAUCGACGGGCGCGGCGUCCUCUGGCUCUGGGUCGUCCUCGGGCGCCGGAGACGUGCUCCGCCUCAUGGGCUUGCUCCGCGUCGCGCCCGACGAGGACGUCUACGUCUCCCUCCUCAGGGACUCCGUCGAUGCCGCCGAGGUAGCCGCCGUGCACGCCCACGUCGCCGCCACACGCGCCGCGUCUGGCCACCCCCUGCCGCUGGCCAACCGGCUGCUACUCGCCUACGCGACCUGUGGCGACAUGGCGGCCGCCCGCAAGGUGUUCGACGAAAUUCCCGUCAAGGACGGCAUCACGUGGGCGACCAUGGUGUCGGCCUACUCCGAUGGGUGUUUCCACGACGAAGCGAUAAGGCUUUUCACCCGCAUGUGCCAAGAAGAACAGGGGCUCGCUGGUGAUCUGCUCGGCCAUGCCAUUGUGGCAGUGCUGCGGUCAUGUGCUCGGCUGGGCAGACUAAGGGGCUUUGGUCAGCAGGUACACGCCCUCGUCAUCAAGACAAAGAGAGUCUGCGGUGAUACCGGUAGUUCGCUGCUGCAGCUGUACAUCGCAAGUAAUCAGCAUGACAGUGCGCGGCAAGUGCUUCAGGCGAUGAGGUGUUGUUCCCAGGAGCCAGUGCCCGAGGCAGCCUGGACUAGCUUCAUGACAGCUUGCCACCGAGACGGACUGCUGGACGAGGCCAUCUAUGUCUUCAGGGACAUGGUGUCCUCUGGAGUCCCUAGGAGCAGCUUCUCCCUGUCUACUAUCCUUGCAGUAUGUGCAGAAUCAGAGAACUGCAGGUGCUAUGGACAGCAAGUGCAUGGCGAUGCCAUCAAGCACGGCGUGGAAACAGACCAGUUCGUCAUGUCUGGGUUGGUCCACAUGUAUGCGAAGCAAGGACGGCUUGCAGAUGCCACGAGGGCAUUUGAGGCAGUGGGUGGCAAGCCUGACGCUGUGUGCUGGAAUGCCAUGGCCAUGGGGUAUGCACGCGGUGGGCGGUACAGAGAGGCCACCAGAAUGAUGUACCAGAUGAAAGCUGCUGGACUGGAUCUUCCUGGACUAAAUGUGGUUGGAAUGGCCUGCUCCAGUUGA